GCCUAUUUGCUGGAUAAAUGUUUGAUGUUUGAUUAAAAUAAACAACUAAUUCCUAUUGAUAAACACUAUCCACAUAUCUCUUGCCAUCCCACUCACAGCCUUGUCUUUGACAUUGAUAAGAUAACAAUAAUCGUUCGAUAAAAGCUAUUCAGUCAUUAUCACCAAAAUCGUAGUCAAUAAUGUUGUGUUGUGGAGCGGUAUCUGUGAAAAUGUUAUGACAAAACAUGAACAUUUAUGUCUUUGUAAUAUGCAACUGUUUGGCGAUGGCAUGGGGGCAGCAACCGCGGCAGCUGCAGCAGGCAUGUCUGACGGGCACCAUGAACGACAUACAAUCCUGGGUCGACCACAAUGGCAGACUGAAACCCGAAGCUCAACCCUUAUCUGUAGACGUCUCAGAGUCAGCACAUCCAGUGGCGUCGCUACAGACUGAACUCGGGCAACACACGAGGGCGUCGCGAGAGAUCAAAGUCUUGAGUAUGGCGCGCUGUGCACUUAGAGAGGUACCGGAGGUAUUUUCGUUAGAAGACCUAAACCACAACCGUCUGGCCGACACGCUUGAGUACCUGACCCUGUACGGAAAUAAGUUCGACGAUCUCCAAUCCACCGGCGAUCAGUACGAUAGCUUCAUCAACGCCACUGACGCCAGGGUUCUGGUGCAAGGGACGGGGUACGAUACUAGAGCUGCAUUAUGGCCCGGGGGUCUUAAAGGCACUCGCUUCAAAAACCUUCGGGAAUUGGACUUGAGAGCCUGCGCCAUAACCACUCUAAGCACAGGGACUUUUCAGGGCAUGGAAAAGCUGGAAGCCUUGUAUCUGUCUGAAAACAGUAUACUUUACAUCAACGCCAAAGCAUUCUCUGGCCUUAACAACUUAGUCCACUUAGAUAUGAGCAGGAACUACAAUUACGAUGAUUUCGGAAACCAUAAGACCUUCGUGCUAGAAUCAUUGGGUGUCAUGGAAGAUUUGCACAAUCUGGUUUCAUUGGAUUUUUCUUUCACACGUCUCUCUCAAAGUAAUUUGAUGAUGUUUAAUAGUUUUGGAAAGUCUUUCCAAAGACUCUCGCUCUGUGAGACUGGGUUGACGAAGUUACGUGCUGGUAUCUUUAAAAACACAUCGCUUAGGUUCUUAGAUGUUUCUGGAAACAAUGGAGUUUUGAACCAAUACGGCACGUUAAGUGGACUAGAGAACACCCUGGAAGUAUUAUACGCCACUAAAGUUGGUUUAGUCACCCUUGACAUGUUUGAAAGAUUUAAACGUUUGGAGAUUUUGAAUUUACAGAAUAAUGAGGUCAAUCUUCUUUCAACAGAAGUAACAAAAACAAUGGAAAAUCUACAGAUACUGGACUUGACUAAUAAUAGAUUAUCUACAUGGAUCGGUCUUAAGUUCAGUUACAUGCCACGCUUGAAGUAUUUAUCGUUGCGGAAAAAUAACAUAAACAUGAUAAACGUAAACAUGAUAGAAGAUUUCAAGAAUUUACAAUAUCUUGGAUUCGCUGAGAACUUUGUCAUUUGCAAUUGCCAUACAAGAGAACUUUUUGAAAUUGCUUUAAAUGCUGACCAAGAACCAACAAAGCAAAGUAGGCUAAGUUCACAAUACAAGGAAAGAGGUAACAUGACAAAGUUUAGCAGUUAUCAUACAGGAUUCGCGUCUUAUAACGCUAUUAUUAAUAAAAGAACAAACGUCAGUGAAGCUUGCGAAAUGGAUUAUGAUUGUGAUAGAGAGAUAUACCAGGAUAACAUAACUGCAAGCUAUGUGCUACUUGAUUACAGCCCUACACUCUAUCAAUGCAUGCAGUUGGUCGAAGGGGUCUACAUGUCAUUUUCACACCCGUUGGGCUGCGAUGUGGUGUCUAGAGAAGUGGACUUUGACGUGGUUAUUGAUAAAGGUUGGAAUAAACUCCUGGCUUUGAUCGUCAUUCCAGCCAUCGUAUUUCCUGUGUUGGUCUUCGUGUUUAUGUUCAGAAAGAACUUUAGAUAUUUCUGCAUAACAGUCAGGAAUUCUGCGCUCUUGAGUAUGAUUAAUAAGGAUAAGGUUAUAGAUGACUCCCGUAUCUUCAACUACGACGUGUUUGUGUCGUAUUGUAACGAUGAUCGCGGAUGGAUCCUUGACCAGCUCCUGCCACAUUUGGAGACCAAUUGCGGAGUCAGCGUGUGUCUCCAUGAGAGAGAUUUUCAGGUGGGCCUCUCAAUCCUGGAGAACAUAGUGUCCUGUAUGGACCGUUCGCGGAGCAUCAUGCUUGUAAUUUCUAAAGAGUUCCUGCUCAGUCAGUGGUGUCAGUUUGAGAUGCACCUGGCACAGCACAGACUUCUAGAAACUCGACGAGAAGACCUCAUUCUAGUCCUUCUAGAAGAGAUUCCACGCCGUCUGCGGCCAACUACCUUGCACUACUUGAUGCUGACUAAGACCUACAUAGUCUACCCGAGCGAGGCCGCCGACGGCGCCAAGAAGGACUUUUGGAGGCGGCUCGGGAGGAGUGUCACUGCUAGGAGGCCAGAUAAUGAGAAUGACUCCCUUGCGUGACCAUAGACGAGAGGGUAUGGAUGCAAAGAAAUAUGAAUCUGUCAGCGAAUAAAUGUAUGCCUGGCCUUGCAUAGCAAACCCCUAGCCCAUCAGCUGGCGAGGCCUACAUAUAAGUCUACCCGAGCGAGGCCGCCGACAAUCGCUAAGAAAAUUCUUUAGGAGGAGUAGAGGCCGGAGAAUGAGCAUGACUCACUUGCGUGACUUUUAGAUGUAGUUAUUAUAUAUUAGCUAAGUGUUGCCAUGUUUUAUAAGGCUUAAAGUCUAACAAAAAAUAUGGCAACACAUAAAAUGUCAGUUUUUAAAAUUAUCUUCUAUGCGGCGAUGUCAUGACACAUCAUCAUAUGACAAUAAUUUCGGUUACUUUGGUUUACUUUCACAAUAUGCUGUCUGGCAAAUCAAUCUGGCAGAAGAAAAUCGUGCAAAUUGUUAGUGACGUAAGAUCGUCCUAAUACACGUACAUUUUUGACGAUUUAUUACUUAUGUUAACGGCACCAAUCAUGGAACAUUUAAGAGAAAAUUUGGAGUGUUUUUGAUAUAUCACCGACAACUGCAAAAUUUCUACUGCUUUACGCUUUAAAAGUUGAAUGUCCAAUUCGUCCUUUAUGUUUUCUAUGUAUUUAAUGAAAGCUACUGUAAUUGGUUUCAAUAUUAUUAACCAAAAAAAACUGUGUUUUUUUUGCUCCAGUCAUGGAAUGUAUGGCGCCAUUCAUUUUCAAACUAACACGUAUGAAAAAUUAAACUUAAGCAGCUCUUUGGCUUUUCUUUAUGGUAAAAUGUUGUCAGCGUAAAUAGGUACUUGUUUUACAGGAUUUGUCUAUACCAUCCCAUUAGUGGUGCCUGUUCCAUUAUAGGGGUGUUUGCUAUAUUCUAUAUUUGUUUUUGCUAAACUUUAGUCAUUUUAAAUUAACUAUUAAUUGUCACAUGUUUUUCCUAUUUAUAUAAAGUAAGACAAACUGACAAUCACAAUAUGAAUUCCUAAGAAUUUACCACGCGUAGUUUUAAGUGAAAUUGUAUAUUGUGAGAUAAAUAAAUCAUAUCAUCAUAUAACGAAUAAAAUGUUACUAGUCACUAGUGACAAUCGAUGUUUUAAUAGUGAUAUUGAAUAGUUAUUCGUAACGUAAGUUUUAUUUUUAUGUUAUAAAUAAAUAAGUAUAUAGGAUUUA